AUGAUUGACAAAAUUAUCAGUCAUUUAUAUGUUUCUGGAGCGGGGCCGGUGUUACAUGAGAGAGGACAACAGGAAAUUCGGGAUCUGAAGAUUGGUCAUGUUAUCACUGUUUCUGCUAUGGCUAUACCUCUCGACAAGAGGAUACCGAAUAUUAGAUACACAUUUGUGUUUGCCAUGGAUUUAGCUGAGCACGAUAUUCUAUCAAGUUUGAAUGAAGCCAUUAACCAUAUAGAUACUUCCAUCAAUGAUGGAACCAAUGUUUUAGUUCAUUGUGAAGCAGGGAUGUCACGUAGUAUAACAGUCGUCACUGCAUAUUUGAUGAAGAGAAAUAAGUGGAAUUUAGAAAAGGCACUUACAUUUGUGAGAAAUAUCCGUCCGAUAGCACACCCGAACGAGGGAUUCCUGGAACAACUCAGAAACUUCGAGCUAUUAGGCUAUAACGCCAACAGGGAGAAUAUGAACUCAUCCCAAGAACAUCGUCUAUGGAGAAAUCGAACAGGAAACUCUCCUGCAUCUAACAGUAGUGGUGAGAGCAGAAGUUCUGAUGUUGACGUCAGCGCUUCUUCCUCUUCAAUCAAUGAGAAUAAGUAUAGAUGCGGAAAAUGCAGACAAAUCGUUUUCUAUGAGAGGCAUUUGAUAAAACACAAUCGAUCUGAUAAUCAGCCUUGUACUCUAUCUUUCAUAAUCGAGCCAAUGAAAUGGAUGUCUACAUCAGAAUAUCAAGGAAAGGUGUGCUGUCCAUCAUGCAAUGAAAAAUUGGGAAAUUACACUUGGGGUGGAAAACAAUGUUUAGGAGAGGACGGAUUCCAUUGUAAACAUUUGAUUACUCCUUGGGUGCAUCUUCACAAAUCAAAGAUUGAUGUGGUGAAAAGUAGUCAGCAGACCAUGGUCGCACCUAGAAUACCAGCUGUUGUUAUAUCAUAG